UCUGCGGCCGCGUGAGCUGGACCGCGAACCGAGCGCAGAGCUGGGCCGCGGGGGCUGUGGCGAAUCGGCGACGGGUCGGUAUUGGCGGAGUGAGCGGGACGCAGCGCGGGGUGUCGACUCUGCGGAUCCGGCGGGUGCGCGCUUCCGUGUGACCGCUGCCCGUCCGGAGGUCCCCGCCCGCCCCGACACCCCAUCCUGUCCCCCGAGGACCGCUGCCCGCCGCGCCACUAGGAUGGAUCCUGAGGUCUCUGCCGUCCGGCUCACCGUCUGGGAGGCUGUUCACAUCCUUUCAUCUUCUGAGGAUGGGGGCCGCAUCUUCUGUACCCUGGGGUCCCUGAAGCGCUAUCUUGGUGAAACGGAGAAUCCAGCCCUCCCUGAGGAGCAGGAGGAGUUUGCCAGGAUCCACUUUUCCACCUUUCUCAGAUGUCUGGUCGGCAAGCUGAGCCCCGACUGGCUGGAGCUGCUGCCUGAUGGCCAAAUGGAGGAGCUGUGGGCCAGCUUCUUCCUGGAGGGCCCGGCUGACCAAGCCUUCCUGGUGCUGAUGGAGUCCAUCGAGGGUGCUGCCAGCCCCAGCUUCUGUCUGAUGAAGAUGGUGCAACUGCUGGCCAGGUUCCUGAGCGUGGGCAGGAUGGCCGCUGUGAUGGAGGGGCAGUGUCGGCAGCAGGCAGGGCCAGCCUUCCCCCUGCUCCAGGAGACACUUCUCACCAAGGUGGUGGGCCUGCCCGAUCGCCUGGGCAACCGUCUGCAGCGGGAGAACCUGGCCACAUUCUUCCCUCAGAACUACUUCCCUCUGCUGGGCGAGGAAGUCCUGCGGGUGCUGCAGGUGGUCGUGGACUCUCUCCGAGGUGGCCUGGACUGCUCCGUCUCCUUCCUGUCUCAGGUCCUGGGGAAAGCCUGCGUCCACGGGAGACAGAAGGAGAUCCUGGGCGUGCUUGUGCCCCGGCUGACGGUGCUCACCCAGGGCAGCUGCCUCUGGCAGCGGGUCUGCUGGUGCCUGGUGGAGCGCGUGCCCGACUGGGCCAUGGAGGCCGUGCUGAAGGGGUUCGUGGAGGCUGCCCCAGGGCCUGAAGUCCUCUCACGGCUGCUGGGGAACGUGGUGACAAAGAGUAAGAAGGCCCAGUUUGUAAUGACCCGGAAGCUGCUAUUCCUACAGUACAGCUGCACGAUGCCCAUGCUGCAGAGCCUGCUGGGCUACCUGGCCAUGGACAGCCAGCGGCGCUCACUCCUCAUGCAGGCGCUGAAGGAGCUCCUGGAGACGUGGGGCAGCAGCAGUGCCAUCCGCCAUGCGCCCCUGGUGCAGCAGCGCUACAUCAGCAAGGCCAUCCUCAUCUGCCUGGCGCACCUGGGGGAGGCGGAGCUCCGGGACAGCCGGGAUGAGUUGUUGGCCAGCUUGAUGGAGGGAGUGAAGAGCCGCCUGGACAGCAGCCUGCCCCCUGUGCGCCGCUUGGGCAUGAUCGUGGCUGAGGUGGCCAGCGCCCGGAUCCACCCCGAGGGGCCUCCCCUGAAGUUCCAGUAUGAAGAGGAUGAGCUGACCCGUGAGAUGCUGGCUUUGGCCAUGCCCUGGCCCGCGGCUGACGGCCCCUCAGAGGCGGGCCUGUCUUUCGCUCCGGUCAGUGGAGAGACUCCUGACAGAGAGACUGUGGACCGCAGUGGACCCCAGGCUGGGCCUGAGGGCUCCGACUCCGAGCUGGACAGCGAUGAUGAGUUUGUCCCCUACGACAUGUCGGUAGACAGGGAGCAGAGAAGCAGCAAGGCGCCCUCGUAUGUGCGGGGCUGUUUGGAAGCUCUGACCGGGUCCGAGGACUGGGAGCGCUGGGAGGCGGCCCUGUGGGCCCUCGAGGGGCUGAUUUUCAGGAGCCCGGCUGCCACUCAGGAGGUGAGCAUGGAGCUGGCCAAGGUGCUGCUGCACCUGGAGGAGAAGACAGCCGUGGCGGGGUUCGAGGGGCUGCGCCAGAGGGCCCUGGUGGCCCUCACAGUCACAGACCCGGCUCGGGUGGCGGAGUACCUGACCGCACAGUUCUAUGCCCUCAACUACAGCCUCCGGCAGCGCAUGGACAUUCUGGAUGUCCUGACUCUGGCCGCCCAGGAGCUGUCUCGGCCGGGGCGCCUUGGGAAGGCUCCCCAGCGGGGCUCCCCAGACCCCGGCUCCCAGCCUGGUGGUGCUGUGGUCCCGGCCUGGCGGGCGGUGGUGGAGGAGCGCAUCAGGCGUAAGACCCGGCGGUUUUCCAAGGGCUCUGCGGGGCGGGCACCAGCCGUUGGCCCCAACGAAUUCAACUCGGUGGCUGGCUACUUCUUCUUCCCCCUCCUUCAACAUUUUGACAGGCCUCUAGUGACUUUCGACCUUUUGGGAGAUGACCAGUUGGUUCUUGGGAGACUGGCCCACACCUUAGGGGCCCUGAUGUACCUGGCUGUGAACACCACGGUGGCUGUGCCCAUGGGCAAGGCCCUGCUGGAGUUCGUGUGGGCCCUUCGUUUCCAUGGUGACGCCUAUGUGCGCCAGGGCUUGCUGUCUGCUGUCUCCGCCGUCCUCCUCAGCGUUCCGGCUGAGCGGCUGCUGGCAGACCUGCUGGACGAGCUGCUGGAGGCCCGGUCCUGGCUGGGAGACGUGGCCGAGAAGGACCCAGACAAGGACUGCAGGCUGCUGGCGGUGAAGGCACUACUGCUUCUGGAGAAGCUCCGAGAUAAGCUCCUCCCACUCUCCUCUCCUUAGCCCCCGACCUCGGAAGGCACGUCCCACUGGAAGAGUGUGGGCUGGGGGCCAGCACGUGGGGCGGAGGUGCAGCUGGUACAGCCUGGAGUGUCUGCGGCUCAGCGAAGACUCUGCAUCAGGGCCUCGGGUUCUGCCCCCCACAGACUGGGACUGGGAUGUGGCCUCUGAGGCUUGGGCUCCAGGAUGGCUGCUCAGCCCGGUGCCUCCGUGCAGCUUGUAGACUGCAGAGCUGGGGCCACUGGGCCUGGGGGCUUCUUAGCAAUGUGCCCCCAGCCCUUCCUCACCGAAAAGGCCAGGGACUUUAAGAACAACAGAAAAGGAAGAAUAAAAGAGGUGCAGGAGCUCUU